AUGGACGGAAUCACCCUCCUCUCCAUAAUUGAUUGUUUCCAUGCAAAUGGAGAGGUCAAGCUUGUCAUUUUGAUGCAGCAAACUCCACAAUAUAAGAUGGAUACGUCUAGUAACGAUUCAGUAUUGAUGAGAGCGGGUGUUAUUUGCAGUAAAACGGGCGAAAACCUAGGAACUAUCGAGGAAGAGCUCACCCAAUGGAUACAACAUCAUCGCAAUAUCGCAUUGAAAUCGACGAAAGCGAACAAGACUCCAAAAAAAUCUGCAACGUUCCAUAAUAUCGUGGAUUUAAAGGAAGCACGUGCUCAUCAUCCCCAUCAGUCCAACAGCGACCAACAGAUUAAAAAUUUGGCAACUCCUCGAAGAAAGCGCUCUCUUUUCCACGAAAUGGGCGAACGUAUACGCUUGUUAUCCUCUGGUUCAUUUGUCACAGCCCUCCCAUCAUCUCCUCAUCAUAUCUCAAAGACGCAGUCAAUGAAUAGUUUUUGUGAAACAACCAAUAACGCGAACGCGACAUCACCGCCGCGACGUCCACUGAAAAAAACGCGACCCUGUGUUUGUCAAGGAUCGUUGCUGUCAUUACGGAACAACGAAGAUUUCUCAAUAGAUAUGGAUUUAUAUAUGGCGAAGGCUCCAUCACAAUUAGGAAUUCUUUGUCAACAUUGUUUGACGACAGAUUUCCCGUGUCCUAAGACACAUCAGGAACAUGUAUCACCGUCUUUACCAUCUUUGUAUUCACUUGCUGCCUCAGAUCUAUCUGGAAAUGAGCCGCUUUGUCGGAUUUGCCAUUGUUGCUGGCCAUCCGAUGCGUCUGAUCCGUUGAUAUCACCCUGUAGAUGUUCUGGAUCUCUGCAGUAUGUCCACAUCUCUUGUUUAAUGCACUGGUUAGAUAUAUCAUCGCGGAAGUUGCACAGACCAGCAGUGUGCGAACUGUGCCUUUACAAGUAUAGGAGAAGACGCGUACUCAAGUAUCGUGAAAUCAAACUUCCUAACUGCUCUGAUCGUGACGUGCGAUAUUACACGCUUUUCGUUUGUGCUCUAGCAAUGAUGAUUCUUUCUGCCCUUGCUACAAUAGUGUGCUUCCAGCUUGAGAAAUCUUACUCAUCACAUUCCAAUAAAACAUCCCCCGCGACGUUUAGCGCAUCUGAGACGAAUAGUCCAGAUCUCUCUUCUCCUGCUGAUCUGUUGCAUCGUGAGGACAUAGAAAAUCUGCUCAGCACCGUGACCCUCAUUGCCGCCAUUUUAUUUUUCUUCAGCUUUUUCAUCGCUAUGUAUGCUCAUGUAAAGUCGGGUAUCAGUUUUUGUGGUUAUGUUUCUUUGUGUUGGAGUUCGAAUUUGGAGUGGACUAUCGAGGAGUAUAAACAGUCCCGAGAUUCCCAGUACCUCAGUAAACUGGAGGAGUUGCGAAGGAAAAUCAAUGAAAAGCAAAAAAAGGCGCUGGAGGAAGUGGAACCAUUGCGAAGUUCGGUUGUUGUGAUCGAGUAA